AUAAACUAAACAUGCUUGUUCAGAUUUAUAGACACGCCUAAUUGGUAGCUAUUUUUAAUUAUACUCAAAGGCGUGGCCUAUUUAUGAAUACAAAAUUCGAGCUCUUUUCCGUUGUGGUGCAAAAAAAAAAAAACAUUCCAGUUUCCUUUUGUUUAGAUGCGCGUUUCAUGAUCUCCCUGGUUGUGAGUUCCACAUCCUGAUUAUAUUUUAGCUAAAUUUAUAGCCAUCAAAAAAUUAUCAUUGUUCCAAAUCCGAUUGUCAUCCGAUUAUUUAUCUACUGUUUCCAUUUGUUUUAUCAGUUGGUUCCGUUUCGGCAACAAAUAAUAAUAAAAAAAACUCUCUUUUUUUCUUGUGGUUCUAAAAGAAAAAAACGAUUCCGUUCGAUGUUUUCACAUCGAUUUUGUUAAUUCAUUUUUAUAUUUGGCUUUAUUUUUAUUGAUUGCCAAUCCCUCAUCCAACAGGUAUCAUCGUGUAACAAUGAUGACUAUGGAUCAUCAUCAUCAUAAUAACCAUCAUUCAAUGAGUCAUAUACAAAUGAAUGCUAUGGAUAUAUCUGAAACGUAUCAGGCAACAAAUUCCAUACAACUUCGUACACAUCCUACUCAUGCUACGAUAAAUUUUAGUGAAUUGGGUAAAAAAUUACUUGAAUCUGCACGCAAUGGUGACAGUGAAGAGGUGAUUGAAUUGAUCAAUUCUGGUGCACCAUUUACUACUGAUUGGCUUGGUGCAUCACCAUUACAUUAUGCAGCUCAAUAUGGUCACGUGGAAACUGUCGAAACAUUGUUACGAUCUGGUAUUGCCAAAGAUGCACGUACUAAAAUUGAUCGUACAGCUUUGCAUGUUGCUUCGCAAGAAGGAUUUUUGGAAACGGUCAAUGUAUUAAUAAAUUUUGGUUGCGAUGUCGAUUCAAAAGAUAUGCUCAAAAUGACACCAUUACAUUGGGCAGUUCAACGUGGCCAUAGACAGAUUGUUGAAUUAUUGUUAAAUUCUGGAGCCGAUGUUAAAAUAAUCAACAAGUUCGAUAAGACACCAAUCGAUGUAGCUUAUAGCUGUGGCCAUGAUGAUUAUGUGCCUUUAUUAAAAAGUUAUCUAGGCAAAGCCAAACCUAAAAUAAAUCCCAUUGAUAAUACAAUGCAAGUGAAAAUGAUGAAAAAUCAAGCGAAAUCUCGAUCAAAAUCGAAUAAUACAGUUAGAAAUAUAAAUAAACCUAUGCCACAUCAAUUGGUCAAACAGGAGUUCGAUGAAGAUAUUGUUGGUGAAAUUCGACAUGUAUCGACUUCCGAUGGUUUCAUAACAAAUUCCACAACCUCAUCAAAUGUGGCCAAUAAAAAUCAGAUUAUAAUCAAAAGAACAAGUCUAGAUAGCAGUCAAUUACAGAAUGGCAGCCAAACAUUACAGACGACAGCAUCCGGAAAACUUGUCUUAAACAAUACCUCAAUAACGAGUCUUGGCAAUAAUUCAAAUGCGAAAAAAUUGUUCGCUAUCAAUUCUCCGAAUUCCAACAUUGUAUUGCUAUCGUCACCAAGUAGCGGUUCCAGCAACAAAUUAAAUGACAGUGGUAGUUGUGUUAACACACCCACCGGUCCCAUAAAAUUGAUGACGACAGUUGGAUCAAAUAAAAAGCCUGUAUUUACCGAAAUAAAAGAUGCAAAAUCUUUGGAAAAGUUUCAAUUCUUCAAUCCAUCGAAUAAAGGCUCGCAACCACAAGUUAUUAAACGUUAUGUGAUCAAUCCAAAUCAAACGAAUUCUUCGACCAUCCAGGAAAAAGAUGCCGAAAUAGCCAAACUAAAAGAAGAGAAUGGAAAAUUGAAAAAAGAGCUCGAAGAGAUUCGUUCAUUAAUCAUAUCAAAAGAUUUAGAAAUUGAGCGGCUAAAAAAAUCGAAAACUACUACCAAUCAAUCAACCGCUGAUAAACAAGAAAUAUCUAGCAAUCAGCCAACACCAUCAUCAAAUUCGCCACCAACACUUGAACUUGAAGACGAUGAACAAUUGGACUAAUGUUAAUAUUUUUCAAUCUAUUUGGAUAUCUAUUAUCCAUCCAUUUUUCUUGUUAUCAGACCACCAAUUUAUUGCAUCAUAUUGCUAUAUAUAUUUUUUUCUAUAUUUAAUCGAGUUUUGUUAUUCGAGUAUUGAGAGAAAAUUAUUUUUUCUAAAAUAUUCUUCAAGCUACAAUUCAUUUGAUACAUAGUAUUCAGACUAUUUAAAAAA